AUGUCUGAGAGUUCAACAUCAGACUCGGCAAACACACAAUCCCAGCAGCAGCAGCAACAACAACAACCGCAACAACAGCAAAAAAAAGCCAAAUCCGUCGGUCAAUCCGAUGAGGAACUUCGCGAGAAACUCGAGCGAAUGUCGGGUGAAGGUGGAGCAUCUGGAAUUGAGUACGAGGACGGGCAGCCGAAUACCAUGAAACGGAGUGUCAGGAACAACAUGUUCCGGUAUAUCUGA